CCUCAUCUGCAAAACAACCACCAGCAGCAGCAGCAGCAGCAAAAGCAAGACUUCUGCGCCGCCGACUACAAGAGGGUUAAAAGUGUAGAUUGGAUUUCACCCCGGGAAAUCUAGCACACGGAGUGAACUUGAAUCUUUGGCUAUUUAAGGAGGACUGGGGUUUGUUGUGAAGUUGUGGUGAUCCAGGGCAGAGCCCCAUCCUGAUUGAUUUCAUCUUCCUUGAGUCUCAGAUGACUUUAAAAUGAAUAGAUGAAAUUAUUCCUUUUUGAGGCUUUUCUUAGGGGCUCUCCGGGCAGCGUGUUCUCAAACCGAAGUCAUGAUGUAUUCUCCAAUCUGUCUCACUCAGGAUGAAUUUCACCCGUUCAUUGAGGCACUUCUUCCACAUGUCCGUGCAAUUGCCUAUACUUGGUUCAACCUUCAGGCUCGAAAACGCAAGUACUUUAAAAAACAUGAGAAACGAAUGUCUAAGGAUGAGGAAAGAGCAGUCAAGGAUGAGCUACUUAGCGAAAAGCCUGAAAUUAAACAGAAGUGGGCAUCCAGGCUCCUGGCUAAGCUGCGCAAAGAUAUUCGCCAAGAGUUCCGGGAGGAUUUCGUGCUCACGGUGACUGGGAAGAAGCACCCAUGCUGUGUAUUGUCCAAUCCUGACCAGAAGGGUAAGAUUAGGAGAAUCGACUGCCUGCGACAGGCUGACAAAGUCUGGCGUCUGGAUCUAGUCAUGGUGAUCCUGUUCAAAGGCAUCCCCUUGGAAAGUACGGAUGGAGAGCGGCUCAUGAAAUCCCCACAUUGCACAAAUCCAGCACUUUGCGUCCAGCCACAUCACAUAACAGUGUCAGUCAAGGAGCUUGAUUUGUUUUUGGCAUACUACGUGCAGGAGCAAGAUUCUGGACAACCAGGAAGUCCAAGCCACAAUGAUCCUGCCAAGAAUCCACCAGUGUACCUUGAAGACAGUUUUGUAAAAUCUGGAGUGUUCAACGUGUCAGAACUUGUGAGGGUGUCCAGAACACCCAUAACCCAAGGAACUGGAGUAAACUUCCCAAUUGGAGAGCUUCCGAGCCAGCCAUAUUACCAUGAUAUGAAUUCGGGUGUAAAUCUGCAGAGGUCCUUGUCCUCUCCACCAAGCAGCAAAAGACCCAAAACUAUCUCCAUAGAUGAAAAUAUGGAGCCAAGCCCAACAGGAGACUUUUAUCCUUCUCCAAAUUCACCAGCUGCGGGGAGUCGGACAUGGCAUGAAAGAGAUCAAGAUAUGUCUUCUCCUACUAUGAAGAAACCCGAAAAACCUUUGUUUAGUCCUACUUCUCCCCAGGAUUCGUCACCAAGACUGAGCACUUUUCCCCAGCAUCACCACCCAGGAAUCCCAGGAGUUGCACACAGUGUCAUCUCAACUAGAACUCCACCUCCGCCGUCACCAUUGCCAUUUCCAGCACAAGCUAUUCUCCCUCCUGCCCCAUCUAGCUACUUCUCUCAUCCAACGAUCAGAUACCCUCCCCACCUGAAUCCUCAGGAUACUCUGAAGAAUUAUGUACCUUCUUACGACCCGUCCAGCCCACAGACUAGCCAGCCUAACAGCAGUGGUCAAGUAGUAGGGAAAGUGCCUGGCCAUUUUACUCCAGUUUUGGCACCCUCUCCCCAUCACAGUGCGGUGCGACCUGUGACCCUGACCAUGACAGAUACUAAACCCAUCACUACAUCCACUGAAGGUGAGGCAUCUUCACCUACAGCAACCACCUACACAGCCUCAGGCACAUCCCAAGCCAAUCGAUAUGUGGGACUAAGCCCAAGAGACCCAUCCUUCCUACACCAGCAACAGCUGAGAAUUUGUGACUGGACCAUGAAUCAAAACGGCAGGCAUUUAUACCCCAGUGCCAGUGAGGAUACAUUGGGAAUUACUUGGCAAAGUCCUGGUACCUGGGCUAGCUUGGUUCCUUUUCAAGUAUCAAAUAGAACACCGAUCCUGCCGACAAAUGUCCCAAAUUAUGGUUUGAACAUAAUUGGAGAGCCUUUCCUUCAAGCAGAAACAAGCAACUGAAGGAAAAAGAUAAAAGUGAAAUUAAAAAGAAAAAAAAGAAAGGAAGACAGGAUGGCAAAAGAAACUGAAGAAAGAAGAAAAAAUAGACCAGCAACUGCAGCUCUUACAAUCACUAAUUCCCUUAUGGUUGAAACUGAAAUGACAUACAAAGGGUCAAUGAUAUUUCACUGAUGGGUAGAAUGCAGCCCCUGCUAAGUAGCCUUUGUUAUAUGAAGUCCGCUGGGAAAUAGAUGUUCUGUCUCUGACAAUAUAUUUUAACUGACUUUCUAGAUGCCUUAAUAUUUGCAUGAUAAGCUAGUUUUAUUGGUUUAGUAUUCUUGUUGUUUACGCAUGGGAUCACUAUUCCUGGUUAUCUCACAAAACAAAGGCUAGGCAGCAGCAGCAGAGCUGCAGGAGGACAAGGGCCGUGAGCCAGCCAUUUUCUCCACACUCUGAUUUCUAAAUGUUUUAAAAAGAAGCUCUGUAGCCUUUAGUUAUCAGUAUGGAUUUAUUAAACUUUGGCCCUUAAUUCAGCCUUUUCUAGUGUGUUAUGCCAUAUGAAGUUUUCCAUUGGUAUGAACACACAGGCUCUGUGGAAGAAAUGCCUCUAAAUAGGUGAAAGUGUUAUCUCCUUAUGCAACAAUAAAAAAAGAAAAGGAAAAAGGUGAACGUUUUCCCCACUAAAGAAACACUUACAGAGGCAAGUGCAAUUUAAAAUAUCAUAUCUAAGGGGUCAUCACUAUAAGUCCUUCAGCCCUUGGACUCUAAAUUGAGGGGAUUAAAAAUAGAAAUAAAAAUUACUUUGAACAAACUUAUUUUUCCCCUCAGUUUUUGAGGGCAUUAAAAGGCAUUAAAUCAAGACAAAUCAUGUCUGAGAAAAAGAAAUCGAUGGAAACACAGCACUUAUGUUGGUUUAGCUGCUGCCUCCACAGAGGGGUAGGAUUUAUUUAUUUAAAGUUACUGGUUGCAUCAAGAACCCAUAGGGUUUACAUUUUUCUGUAAAAUCUGCAUCUUAGAGACAAAGAUAUAGGCAAAUCCAUGUCACAAGGGCAAAGCUUACCGUUUACAAACUGGUAAUACCAGGAUGGGGAUAUGUAAUAUUUAAAUAAUGCACUCUUAAUGUAAGCCUAAUUACAGGGUGCUGAAAACCUGCAUGGUGCUUUCAGAAGUUAGCCUUGUUCAACAAUUUUCACAUAUUGACAGAAAUAUAAUGUGCAUGGGCAGACAUUUUGCCUCUAUGUCUCUUUAAAAAAUAAUUAAAAUACUAUUUCCAGUAAUCCUAAUUUGCACGAAGAUAUAAUGUCCACAUUACGUGCCUUGCCUUGAAAUCUAAAAAAUGGAAAAAAACAAAAAAAGAAAAAAAACACACAAAAAAAUUGACAUCACUACACUUGUUUUGCUGCAUUUAUUAUCAUUUUAAAUCUUUACCAUUUUUAUGACAAAAUAUUUUGUACUCCAGAUGGAAAAAAGUGUGACAUCAUGGAUUUUUUAGACAGUUAUACCUUUAUCUCACAUUUAUAAAGCAUAUCAUGGCUGUGUAUAGUUGCCGCUUAAAAAUUGUAAUCGACCAGCAAUAUUUUCAGUAUUUUGGUGUUUUUUCUAUUAACCUUUCAUGUUUUUCAUCUUCCAAUUAAUAUUGGGGGGAGGGGAUACAAAUUUAUACGAAUUAUGCAAUACCAAGUUUUGCCUAUGUAGGUAGUGCUUUUAGCUGUAUUGGUUAUUAUAGGUAAGUACACAGAUUUAAAAAAAAAAAAAUAAUGUAUGCUUUUUUUGUUUGUUUUAAUUGACCAAAGUGGGUACUGCUAUUUUUGCAGUGUGAUGAGGUCCUUUUCUGUACUGAGAGGUGGACAGGGGAUUUUUUUUUAUACAUACAUAUAUAUAUAUAUUCUGGGGUGGGUGGGGAGGAUUUUUAACACUUUACAGUGUAGCUGUGAAGCAGUGCACCCUUAGCCAGGCAAGGGCUGCAAAGCGACUGUUCUGCCUACUGUGACAAACUUUCAAAUCGGUUCCCUCUUUUUAACUUCCCACCUGGGGUGCAAGCUGAAAUCAUUUCUGGAUUUUAAAAAUAAAUAAUGAAUUCUGUUGGAGGCAGACUUGACUUGAGGAAAUUGUUUAAGUUUUCUUUUCUUGAGAAAAAGAAAAAGAAAGAGAGAGAGGCAGGCAGGGAGAGAGAGAGAGAGCGAGACAGACAGACAGAGAAAGAGGCCACAGUGAGAUGAAGCCUUUUCCAUUCUGGCAAAGAUACUGCAUCCUCAAGUGUUCACGUUAGAAAAUGUUUUUAGAUCAGAAGGACAAAGAUGCUUGCUUUGUCUAGGAGAUGCAUGUACAGGGCCAAAAUCUUUGCUGGCAUAAUUCCACUGACUCCAAUUGGCUCUGGAGUUACUCCUGCAGAGAAUUUGCCCUCCUUAGUCUGCUUGACUGCUAAAUAUUCCUUUUUUUUCCCUCUAUGUCAAAUGUUACACACACACAGAGCCCCACGUUUGUUAACUCACAGCAUCUGAAUAAGAAUUUUUUAGGCUGCUCAUGCUGUGUCAGAGGUUUGCAGUGACUUAUCAUACAGCAGGUCAGAUGGAGGGCUCUGGGCUGUAGUGAGGAAGGAGUUUCUUAAUGCACAGAAUUAGACUAUGAUGUAAUUAAUAAAAGUAUAUUUCCAGUAACAUGCCAUUUUGCAGAUCAGUAGUGGGCAUGUUGCUGGAGACCUCUUACACACCAGGGAUCUUUGUGGUGUAUGGCUCAAUAUAGGGUGAGUUUUUCUUUAAAGCACAUCCUCUUAUUAGGGCACAAGCAGAGGAGAAUAUAGACUUGUGGAUAUGAGAUACCCUGGUGGGAAAAUUAAUCCCUUUACAGUUGUCUCUGCAUUUUGGAGGCUUUCCUGCCCUGGAGCAGCCCUGGAGGUGCAGCUCCGACAACUGCCCUGCUGAGCGCUGGGCAGUGGCACACCAAAGUCAGUUCCUCUGGCUCUGGCCAGUGCAUGGUGGCUGGCAAGCUGUAGUGGUGGCCCAUCCCCAUGUCUCCAGCAGGAGAUGCAUGUGUAGGCAGGGCCUGAGUGGCUAUAAAGAUGGGAGCUGCAAAAAAUCAAAUCUCUCAUUUUUAGCUAAACUGAAAAAAAAAAAAAGAAAAAAAAAAAAAACCCACAGAAAAAGAUAAGACACUGAAAGAAAAUGAUGUUCAACUUUUAUGUUGCUCUUUUUCUGAGCCCCAUCAUAAGAGAAUUCGUUCACUAAGCACAUGGCUAUUGAGACUACCAAAAUGUACUAGACCCACCCAGAGUGCACCUCAGGCUCUGGCCUUGUAAAACAAAGUAUGUAUUGUCCUUUCUGCCUGCCACUGAUAACGAGCGUGUUUGGGAGCCCAGGUGUGUGCUGGAGGGCUGUCCUCAAUUAGUGCCGCUAGCAAGGUGUCUCCCUUAAGCUUUCAAUAGCACACCAGGAUGAAACUGAAACAAGUUCAGGCUUCAAAGUGCAAUAGUCAAAAUGAUGAUUGCCCUUGUAGGAAGACAGAUGCCUUUAAAAGAGCUUUUUUAUUGUCUCUGACCUCCUGUAUGAAAAAAAUUGAACUUACAGAUGCAAUAUUUUAGAAAGCAAAUUUCCUUCCUUCCAUGUGGAUCAAUUGGGUUGUUAAGCAACUGUGGGGUUUUUUUUUUUUUGUUUUUUUGUUGGGUUUUUUUUUCCACCUGCAUGUCUAAUAGAAAUGCCUGUUGGGCAGAAAAUUAACUUUUCAUUGAUUGCAGGUUUUGUUUUGUUUUGUUUUGGUUUUGAAAUUCAGCAGUCAAAAGAUUAAGCUAAGACUGAGAACUCAAAUCCAGUCUCUGGCCUCCUCCUUCACCAGGAAGUGUAUUCUGACUAAAUCGAGCCACCCCGUUCUAUGUGCACUGUUCUGCCUUUAUUAAGUUGCUUUGCAGCCCUGGCCUCAUGGCUGUGCCACUGAAGUGUGUUUCCCCUGGAGUGACAUGAACGUUUGAGGCUUGACUAAGGAAAAAAAAAGGCAGUGAAGGAGACUGUACAUAAAGACAUGGCAAAAAUAUUAAAUAUAGCAAUAUAGUUGUGGGGUGAUGUUCAGGUGGGCAGCUCCAUUAAAAAUAUGUGAAUGAAUUUUGAAGCUGCAAGUAGCGAGAAGAAAGGAGGAUCUUCUGAAUGAACCGCCUACCUUGUAGACAGUAAUUUGUACACUGUAUAGUUUUGUUAAGAUUUUUUUUUUAAUUAAAAUACCCUUGUUUGUAAAGCUAACUUUUUAACAAUUAUAAUGGAAGUGCAUGUCAUUUCCAUUUUUAAACAAGAAUAUUCUUUGUUUGGAAGCUGGACUUGGGUUAAAACUCUCCAGUUUCUUAAUUUAUGUAUUAAAAAAAAAAUCUGUCCAUGUUAGGAGUUAUUUCGCAGAUUUCUGUGCUUGAAAAGCACAGGUUACUAAUCCUUUAAAAAUGUAAAUGGAGAAAAGUUAUAUUUUAUGAAGGUUAUUUUGUUGUAUUUAGUAUUGGAAAAGUUGGUUUUCAGAGCAUUUCAAAAUGUUGGACGCACCACUGUCUUUUUAUUAGUAUAUAUGGCCUUUAGCAAAAGUUUUUGUGAUUGUUACAUGAUGGUAUUUAAGAUUAGGUUCACAGAGCAAUUCAGGAUAGGCAGAGAACUAAAACAGUACUUAUGUCUCACAUAGCUGUGUCCUCAGGGAGCAGAAUUUUGGAUUUGCAACUUGUAGCUUCAUAAGGACUUAAUGAAAGAGAUUGCACAAGGACAUACUCAGCUGUGACACCCGAGUGUGUUCUGUAUCUAAAUCUAAAUUAUAUUUACUGUGUGAGAUUAUGAAGGCUGCGGAAAGUUAUCCCAUAUUCAGUGUACAGUAUUCACUUUUAAUGAAAAAACUCUAAUGUUGCUGGCAGUAAGGCCCCCAAGCAUGACAUCCAAUAUAGUUUACACGAUCCUGUCAAGGUCUUUUGUUAACAUUAACCAGCUGCAUGCUCCUGGACUUUUUUAUUGGUUUUCUAUAGAAAACUUAAAAAAAAAAAAGAGAGAGAGAGUAAAAUCGUAUGCAGGCUAAUCAAGUUAAACAGGAAAAGCUCAAAGUUGAAUGUUCUACUCCAUGCUGAAGGAGCUGAAAACUGUCUCCUUAUUUUGCACUUUCUGCUAGUUACCCAGUUUUUUCUAAUUCCUCAAGAUUGUGUGGGUGUGGUGGAGCACUGCAGUUGGAGGAUAACAUGGACCACUGAUUUUGCCCUUUAACCCUGCACCAUAACCUUUGCAUCAGCCAAACUUAUUGCCAUGACAACUCUUUGUACUGUUUCCAUGCCACAGCUCUGUUGGUCACAUUGUUAAUAGUAAAGGGGACAAGUUGGAGACGGUCAAUUUUUACAUUUUUUGUUGCAAUUUUUUCUUCAAUGGUUGUAAGUAGUUAUUUUUUUUAUGAUAAAAGGGUUCACUAGUUAGUACUCUUUAGAAAUAUCUGUGUGUUGCAAUUCAAAUGUAUGUUGAAUUUGUGAAAAGGGCUUCAGUGCCACUAGCAUUAUA